AUGAUAUCUGAAUCACGGUAUCUGUCCAUCGACGGCCAAUUUGGCACUGCUUACAAGCAGACAAAUGGUGUAGAGUUCAAAGAAGAAUCGGAUGCUGAAGGAAACAGACGCGGCUCAUACAGCUAUGUGGACUCUAACGGCCAGAGGCGUACCGUAGACUACACAGCUGGCAAAGGCGGGUUUAAGGCCAUGGGCGAUCAUUUGCCUGUAGCCCCGACGCCCAUUCCUGUCGCUUCCGCAGUUCCGUUGGCGCCAAAAGCCCUAUGGGCUCAGCCGGUUGCCCCGAACCAAAAAAAAUUGGAGCCUGCGAGCAAGUAUGACGACGGUCAAUGGAAUUCACUAUUCAGAGCCUGCUGCCAAGUAUGACGACGGUCAAUGGAGUGACAUAUGGAAUUCAGUACCUGCCGCCAAGCACGAUGACGGUCUGUGGACCAACGGAACUCGAUCCUAACCACCACGGUACCAAAGUACGAUCCGUGGAACCAAUGGAAUUUAAUCCAUGACGGAUAAGUGGAGCCAAAUGCGUUCCGCGGCAUCUACCCCGUCACCGUACAACCAAAUAGCGUCCGGCAAAUUCACCCUCAACAGAUCUCCAGACGGGUAUAGCUAUUCGUUCAGUCAAAACUGAUGCGCAUGCCUGCCAUAUAACGAAAUAAAAAAAUGUACCAUACUAUUGUUCUCUAGUCAAUUUUUUUAUUAAUAUA